ACGAAGGGCAUUGAUCAUUUUGAAACAAUAAUCGCUGAGAUCCGUGUCAUUUUUGCACAAACCACUUCUUGAACCGUCACGAUGGUGCGAACUUGGAUUAUUUUUGCGAUUUUGUUUGCUGUGGUAGUCGUGGCCACCUCACAAGAACUGCUCGAAGAAGAGGAGUACGUGCGAGAUCGUCGAUCCCCAGGUCUGUUCGGGGGCGGAAUCCACAAGGGCGGGGGACACUACCAUCAACAAGGGCACCAUUAUAAGGAAACUUACGGAUUCGGGCCUUUCCACGCCAGUUUUUCGCACUCAAAUAUCAGAGGACAUGGAGCUCAUUACGGAGCAGGGAUUCACAAGGGUGGCGGCUAUCAUGGAGGAUACCAUGGGGGACACCCCGGUGGAUUUGGAGGAGGACUGUUCUCAUUUUUCUAAUAGGGAUAUGGAUCUGAGGAAUUAGCACCUUCCAACAAAAAUGUGAUGGAAAAAACGUGUCCUUCAUUGGUGUUAUCCUCAACAUUCAUGAUAAUAUAAUUAAUAAUAUUAAUUUAUUCAUAAAAAUGUAUAAUUAUUCUGAGAGCCAAAGUAUUAAAAUAAAAUAAAAUGAAAGUAUCAUAA